AUGCAGAAGUUAUCUGACAGUAACAGUGAAAUUUGUCACAGUGAAAGUAGCAGUGAAAUUUGUCACAAUGAAAGUAGAAAUGAAAUUUGUCACAGUGAAAGUAGCAGUGAAAUUUGUCACAGUGAAAGUAACAGUGAAAUUUGUCAUAGUGAAAGUAGCAGUGAUAUUUUUCACAGUGACAGUAGCAGUGAAAUUUGUUACAGUGAAAAUAGCAGUGAAAUUUGUCACAUUGAAAGGAGCAGUGAAAUUUGUCACAGUAAAAGUAGCAGUGAAAUUUUUCACAGUGAAAGUAGCAGUGAAAUUUGUCACUGUGACAGUAGCAGUGAAAUUUGUCACAGUUACAGUAGCAGUGAUUUUUUCACUGUGACAACUUUCUGGUUGGAUCAGGUUGUUACAGUGACAGAAGCAGUCACAGUGACAGGAGCAGUCACUGUGACAAGUCACUGCUCCGUUACAUUCGACCCAUCUCUAGAAAGUAGUAAUGUAGUGAAUGUUCAUCAUGAAAGUAGCAGUGAAAUUUGUCACAGUGAAAGUAGCAGUGAAAUUUGUCACAGUGAAAGUAGCAGUGAAAUUUUUCACAGUGACAGUAGCAGUGAAAUUUGUCACAGUUACAGUAGCAGUGAUUUUUUCACUGUGGCAACUGUCUGGUUGGAUCAGGUUAUUACAGUGACAGAAGCAGUCACAGUGACAGAAGCAGUCACAGUGACAGAAGCAGUCACAGUGACAGGAGCAGUCACUGUGACAAGUCACUGCUCCGUUACAUUCGACCCAUCUCUAGAAAGUGGUAAUGUAGUGAAUGUUCAUUAG